GACACUUUAUAUCGAUUGGAAUGUGUAGUUGUGACAGUCACGAGGGUCAACACAAUGCUUCACUAUCUUCCAUACAAAACUAGAUGCUCGGAAAAGUGUGAAAUCUUUUAAUUUCACUCAAUGAAUAGACUUGUAAAGUCCCUAGUGAAAUUGAGCAUCGGAUCUCCUUGAGAACGUUCCAAACGAAGUAAUCCGAAAUCUCCGUUAUAACUCUGGAGCUUUAUAUGCAUCCUGCAAUACUGCCCCACUGAGGAACGAAGCGACUUCGUUUAUGGAUGACAGUAAUCUUCAAACUUCCUUCUUCACGAAGCAUAUUUACGGUGACGAAACAAGACCUAGUUCGUCAUCCGGAACAACGAUGUACCGGACUAUUAUUGAUCCUAUUGUACACUAUCGUGAUGAAAAUACCCGUUCUUCCUCCCCGAGACCAGAGAGUGUUCGCUCUUUUGGCUCAGACUAUCGAAAAUCCACAUCAACCCGACCUGCUCCUCUCAGCACUGCAAAAAUUGGUGUUAACAAGGUAUCUCUCUCUCCACUGCUCUCUACAAGCCCCAAACCGAUUUGCCACCUGGAGGAUACAUAUUCCACAGCUAGUCACUUCACCAGAACUAUUAAAACCACCAGCCGCUUAAAACCAGCCACGACUAGUUGCACGGAUGGUAUCCAGUUUUACAGCCUUCAAGAGGGCCUCGACUGGGACGCUAAAGGGUCCAAAGCUGAUUUGAGGGAAUAUCUUGAUCUCCGAAUGCCUAAAUGCGCAUAUCCUGGGACAGUGCGAGAAAAUGCGAGAUAUUUCCUACGCGACCGAAUGCACAACUCACUCACAUCACUUAAUCGAAUAACCAGAGGUGGUAAGAUCAAAUCGGAUGAACCAGAUCACUAUCGAUCUGUGCUCUAUGUUGUUUCUAGAGACAGUCCCAAGUUAACACACAGACACCGAGGUGUACGGAGCAGUGGAAUUUCUUCCACCAGGACUCUUGUAGAUGACAACUUUGGCUUAGAUGAUAUUCUUGGCUCUGAUCAUCAUUAUUCCCCAUCGAAUCGCUCAGUAAGAGUAAGAAAACAACUUCCCUCAUUCCAAAGUAAUCUAUCUUGUACCGAGCUGCGCCAGUCAAAAGAUCGCUCUAAAUACAAAGCGAAUGUUCCUCAUAUAGUAUUUCAGGGGCCGGGUCGUUAUAUUGAAGCAAGGCCGCGUAUUCAGUUUGUGCGUUCGCCAAAGUUAGUAGAGGCUCGAGGAAGCUGGAGUAGCCUACCACAACCGGUUUAUUCAUCUCAUUUCACUGACCGGUUGCAUUCGUUACGAAGCGAUAGCAACAGGGUAAUUGUGGACAUCAAGCCGCGACUGGUGAGUGAAGCUGAUAAACAUCAGAAUACAAGUCAAUGGAUUCAAGUAGGAACCUUGGGAGACGCGAAAGUGAAUGUCAACCACUUCGACACCACAACCUCGGAUGAUUCUGAUCAAAGAAGAAUACAUUCGAAAAUUUACGAUCAGCGCAAAGAUGAUCACGACGAUACACAGUAUGAAGAAAUUGUAGUUCGGAAGUUAAUACGUGAGGAGGAGUCGUUAAAUGUAACCAGUACACAUACACGGCAUAAAAAUAGCCGAGCCCAAAUGAAUGAUACUGCAUCAAAACCGGGUGGAAAAGCAGAUAUCGAAACCAUCGACGAGGAACUCGGUACUCCAGAUGGCACUGCCACAAACUCGAUUAGGAGCAAUAUUACUGUAAAUAUCAGCCCCUAUGGCAGGGAGCAGUACUUUGGUCAAAACUCCCCGACAUCUGUUCUGAAUGCGCAUGUGGAGGGAGCAACACUAGAUGAAGGUGGUGGUGAGGCUCCAGCCAGUGAUCCUGGUCUUCCUGAUGAUGAGCUAAGUGCUACCCAUUCGGCUCCAAAUGUGUCUGAUGUUUUUCAAAGUUCAAGUAAGAGGGAAUAUGUAAGACCUGAAUCCCCUAAUUCUCCGGAUGACAAUCCUGAAACUCGAAAUCCUUUGGAGGUAAAGAUUCGUCCAGAAGUUGCUCCGAAACCCACUCCCAUGGAACAACUCGCAGCAAUUCUGGAAAAACCUUCAGUGGUGACGAGUAUGUCGAAAUCGAAGCAAGUAAAUAAUGGGAAUUUAAGUAACGACACGACGUCUUUAUAUGUCCACGGUACAUUUCCUAGAUCAACGCACAAUUUACAGAAAGAAGCAACUCAGCAUUCGCCAUUGGGGACAGCGAGCUUGGCAAACGAAGGUUUCAUAGAUUCUUCGGUGCCAAGCGUUCGAAAUCUAGCAGCUUUUUUUACGGAGCUUAUUCGCAAACAGCAGCAGCCACACAGCUUCAGAAGUUCCGAAAAACAGUGCAGUGACUAUAAGAACGAGUCGACAAAGUCGGAUAACCAAGUAGUACUCCCACCCUCCUCGCCUUUCUUUUUGCACGGAGAGACGGCCGAAGAACGUGAACGUCGGCUGAAGGCUGUAGAAAACCUCAGAAAACGCCCCACCACUCUUCCUCCCCUCGACUACUCGAAAUACGGAGUCAGGCGAGCGCAUGACCCUGAAAAUCGCACUUUAGACAACUCGAACUCAUACAACAGAAGCCCAUCCGCCGCACGACCCAGCACCCCGCUUUCAACAAACGGACAGCGAUGAUUUAUGCAUAAAACAACUACGUCCCAUUUCUAAAAGGCCGCCUGUGAGUCAGAAUGUCUUUCAAGUUAUUUGUGUUGGUUUCAUUUCAACUAACUUGAGGCAGUUACUCUUACUUGCACAAAGUGGAUGUUGCUUCAAGAGUAUUCAAUCUGAUGUCAGCUUUCAUGAGAAUCACAUAUCACUGAGAUCUCGGUUCGGUCGUAGCUCCAAUACCAAGAGUACAGCAAGCAGUUCCAGGAAUUGGACGAGCCGGAGCCUCCGAAACCUGUACACAGCAGCCCGGUUCUUUAGUAUCCCUACUUGACCUUGUUUCGGACUGUUAUGUACCAUUGCGGUCUUUAUGUAUAACCACGUUGUGAACUCUCUGGUGAGAUUUCUGUGGCACAUGAUCAUCCAGAAUACGAAUGGGAGCAGUAAAUGGAGCCGAUUAUAUUUGGCCACGUUGAACUGCAGAGAUUCUAGUCUGACCAUUCAUAACUACUAACGAGAUCGGCUUGGAACCAUAAUUACAAAUGAACAAUAUGAUGGUUCUAGACCAUGUCAGAUACCCGUGUUUCGGUAUGUGACUAUAUGCCGCUCUGAUAACACAACAAACUUUCAUGUGACAAGUGUCAAUCAGCACCAACAUAGGGAUGCUUUAAACAGGGUCGAACAUGUCUCGAAAUCUGAACAUGGAAUGUUUUCUGUUAGUUUAAACUUUCGCGAAUAAAUCUAAUUUACGAUGAGAUGAAAUAUAACUUGAAACACUGGCAGCG